UGCUAGCUGUCAUAACAAGCGUAUACUAGCUAGCUAAUGAAACUUGUUGCUGUGGUAAGUGUUGGAUAGUCUUAUAAGGGUUGUUUGCCACCAACGCCGUCCAUUUUCACUUAUCUAAGAUUUCUGUCAGUGUUGAUUUAAGGCAGUAUUCAGCGCGAAGACAUGACUCAGGUCGACAGCUGCGCUGUGCUGCUCUGGACCUACCCACACCGUUCGCCAAUUUUGGAUGAAGUUGUACAACUUUUUGCUGACAGAAUUAUAUUUAACAUGUAAAAUCAAAGCAUUUUCCCCUGUCAUGUUUACGGCGUGUGACGUUAAUUGGUUGUGUGGUAGUCAGUACGGCGUGGCAAACUUGCCCUGUGGCUGUCAUGUGGAGUUACCGGGUUUCUGCCUGUUGAAGCAAGUCAUAUUCUUGCAUUCCUUUGUUCAUUUCUGUGUUUUAGUCGUUUGAUGACAACGUCACAUGUGUUGGUGGAGAGUGUUCUAGAGUCCCCGAGUGUAUGCUCAGAGGCACUGACCGGGCAAAGAGCUUGCGUUUUCAGUGGGGAAAAAGCUGGACUCAAUCUCGUGGUUUUGUCACGGAUGUGACGGAUCAUGCGCGCAUGAUUCAGCAGCUCAAACUUAGCUCAGUUGUGCUGGAAAACUGUUCAGGCGAUAGCAGGGUGCCAUGAUGCUCACUACAGUCAUCCUACAGGUGUGUCAUACUGUGUAGAUGACGAAUCCAGGGGUUUGCUCCAGUGAGGUGGAUCCGUUAAAGGGCGGGGAGGGGGAUGUAGGUGAAGCAGGGAUCAGUGCUCCCACCUCACCCCUGAAGAAGGGGGUCUGUGGAGGAGGCCUGCGCCUGUCACGACUCUCAGCGUGGCGCACAGCGGCCUUCCUCCUCGCGCUCUUCCUCUGCCUCACCAUCGUCUUCGCUUUCUCUUUCAUUCUGCCCUGUCCUAUACGACCACAAUACCUAGUCACAUGGAAUUACACUUUACCAGCUGCAGCUGCUUAUGAUUUUCUGGCUGUAGAACAUGCCAAUAAGGAUAUGGUCAAAGAUAUUAUCUUCAUCUACAAGAGCAGUGAAGGCAGAACGAACAACACCUGUGAGAAUGAAGGCUUGUCAUCUCCAUGUAUUUUUGUGCUGGCGGUGGAUGGAACGGAUGGAGAAUACAUAUGGGAGCUACCUUUGAACUUUGACCUGCGCUGGGCUCAGUGUGGACUUAAGGGACUCGACGGAGAGAGUCCAGGAUGCCUCCUGGCUCAUACUAACACACUCACUGCCAUCUCUACAAUUGGAGGUAACGUUCUGUGGCAGCAGAGCUCCUCUCCUGGGGCCGGGGCCGUGGUGCCUGUGCUGAGUGUCCCAGACCUAGAUAAAGAUGGAACUGACGACAUCGCUCUGCUCACGCCUCAGCAGAAUCAGAUGAAGCUGGUGUUCCUCUCCGGGGAGACCGGGUUAGCAAUCGGCUCAGAGGUGGAGGUGGUGGACGAGGUUUCAUCAUCCCACAUGCUGCACAACACAGCCAAAGAGGCGCAGUACCUCCUUCUGCAGACAGGCUCUGGGUUGUAUGCUGAAGGGUUAUGGAAUCUGGUGGCGAAAGCUGGUCUCAGUAAACAGCUGAAAAAAGAUUCCAAGUGGGAGAAGAUGAGGAAUGGAACAGGACCAAUAAUGAUCUACCACUCUCCAUCUCUGCAGCAAGUGUUGAGGGUUGCUGUGGGCUCUGAAGUCCCUUCUCUGUUGCUGAUAAUGGGCCCCAGUACACAGCUGGACCAGGAGAGCAACCAGCUCGAAGGCACAGUCACAGAGCUGCUUGACGGGGACAGUCUUAGCUCACUGUGGAAAAUCAACAGCAGUAAACUGCUCAGUCAGCCAUCAUUUGGACAUUUCAACAAAGACGACAUUCCUGAUGUGGUGAUGGAGGAGGAGGCCGGAAAUGCAACCAAGAGGGUUGUGAUUUUAGAUGGAAAGACAGGGGGAGUGUUGUGGGAGGUCACCUUGCUGGCUCUACCGCACACACCUGCGCCUGCGUCUGUUCUCACCAUACACUCCUACUCUGUGUUUAUGCUGUGGGGAGAGAAACAAAGCAACGAAACAGGCUUUGCAUUGGAGAAGCAUUACUCUUAUCUGUUACAUCCUUCCUACUCUAACCUACUGUUGCAGAGGAGUAAUCCAGUGGAGCACAUCAUUGCUUUUAAAGUUACACUACUGGAGCGUGGCCGCCACGCCUCAUACCUCCUCCUGACCGGCCCCCACGCGAGUGAAGGGGUGGACCCAGACGGAGCGGGAUCAGUGAUCCUGACCAAGCGCAAGCUGAAGAGUGACGUUUCCGUCAGCAGUGUGCUGAGUGUGAGGGGACCAUUAAACGAGGACAAAGUGGAGCAUGUCAAAGAAGCCUUCAGUCGACUGCGCUUCAGCGACUAGCACACAACUGCAAUACUCCAGGGGUUAUGCAUUUUUUUGCUUUGCCUUUGUUCCCUGGUUUCCCACUUUACUUAUUUAUAUAAAAAUAGACCUGCUGUGGAUUUGACAGUCCUAUGCCCUUGUCCUCAGAGUUGAAACCCAAGACAUUUUGCACAUUUUAUCAUUGGAGUAUGAGGGACUAAUCCCUGUGCUUCCUACACACACACACACUACAUGACCCCAGCCACACCAUAACCACUUUACUUUACUGCCACACCAUAAACACUUUACUUUUCUAUCGCACUUCCAUCUUACAGUGCUGUCAGUUCAUCACCUCAUCUGACACUAAACAACUGAACUCCAUGCCCUUAACACUUACUUAAGUACUUAAGUAAAGUGAAUUUCUUUGAUGUGCAAUGAUGCUACUCCCUGGAGGCUUUUUCUACACAUACUUUAUCUUCACCCUUUAACGCUGUGUGUUAAAGUGGACACUUACUCCACCCUGACUAACUACAACUCUCACUAAUAUGCACAACUGUCCAUAUUUAAAGAAGUUCUGUUACUUCCCUCCAGGGAGUCCGUUGAUUCAUAUGACUUAAAACUGCACGACUUUGUCAAUACUAUGCAUGGAGUUCUGCAUUUAGCCAUUGACGGUCUUAUACACUUCAACAUGUAGCCUAGCACUUUUCUUAAUGGCCAGCUGAACUGUAGUUGAAGCGGAGUCCUUCUACAUCUUCCCCAUAAUGGGUGGUAUCUCUCAUUAGAGAUUGAGAAGUAAGAAUGACAAAGAACAGCAGAAUCCGCUCUUUCACAAUGAGGGGGAGACAGGCGCUCAAGUUUUUGUGAAUGGUAUUUAGGGUAUGUAUUAACUAACUUCUGGCUCGGCUUAGUGGCUUAGUGAGACUAGUGCUGAGCAAAAAUAUAGUUUGCUGCAGUGAAAUUUAGAAGACAUAGCAACGUGUACAGACCUGUAAACGGUUUGGAUUUACCUGAUGUACUGUUGUUAUGUACAGUUAUGCUCUUUUAUGUUUACAGUGGAUGUAGCAUGUGCCUUAUCAAUCACUGUCUCUGUCCAUGUGCUGGUGGGCCCACAUGGGAUGUGUUGUGAUAAACUCUGUUAUGCCAUUUGAGUGGAGAGAGGCUAGCAGUGUGCUUGGGACCAGUGCUGGAAUUUCAUUGGCGUUGAACAUACAUCAGUGCCAUUUUACAUAAGUGCCAUUUAAAAUCUGGCCUGAUUAAGCCCUGUACCAGGAAACCGGACGUCACAAUUCUGGCUGGCCCAUUGAACCAAAGUAUCCUGACCUGGGGAAAACAGGAAACGGCUGAUGUCUUUGUGUCGUCUGCAAACUGUGGCUUUUAAAAGUAAGGUCAAUUAUAAGGGAGUGGGACUUAACUGUUGCAUAUUUACUUACACACUUGCAUACCUAUUUAAUGGGAACAGGCAAUCAUGUGACUCUAUUUUGAGCAUAUCUCUUUUGAGUGGGACUUUAUUUAACCUGUAGAUCAGGGUUUUAAAUGCACUGCGGAAUACAAUCUUAUUCUCUGGUACUGAAAUUAAGGCUGUACAAAUCUUCGAUGUUAUGACCAAUAAAGUUUCAGUCUGACACAAAA